CUUAACGAAAGCAGCGAGAAAGUCUUGGCAUAAAAACCGUAAUAAUUUUAGUGUUUGCCUCAUUUCAUUAAUUUUUACCAUCAAGUCUUGAUAUAAAACCUGCAAAAAUGAGAAUUCUACUUUUAUUAUCACUUAUCACAUUAGCACUGGCUAGUCCAAUUCUUCAAAGUCCAGAAACAAAGACUCACCGCACCAUGGAUUUCAAUCGUUACUGGACAUACGAUGAGAUUACAUCUUACAUGCGACAAAUGGAAGCUUCAUAUCCAUCAAUAUCAAGAGUAGAACAAAUGGGAAGAACUGAAGAAGGCAGAGACAUUUUAGGAAUUAGAAUUGGUGAUCCUGAAAGGUUAGCUGAUGGUUCACUUCCAGUUGUGUUGAUCACAGCCGCUGCAAAUGCUCGAGACUGGAUUACUGCUAUGAGUGCUGUAAAUCUAAUGCACAUGCUUUUGGAUCAGUACGUGCUGUAUCGUGAUAUUGUUGAAAAUUUAGAAUGGUUCAUCGUUCCUGUGACUAAUCCUGAUGGAUACGUGUUCUCAAUGACUCCAGGUAACCGCGACUGGGUAAAAAACAGAAGACAAAACAACGGAACCGACUGUCGUGGAGUCAACAUUGAGAGGAAUUUCGACUUUAACUGGGAUUGGGAUAUAAAUUCAAGCAGUGACCCAUGUGCUGAAAAUUUUAAAGGAACAACUGCAGAUUCUGAAGAAGAGACAAGAACAAUUCAAUUUGCUGUUGAUAUCUUUCAUAGAAUUCAACAUGCUUAUGUGUCACUUCAAGCUGGAACUCAUGAUCGUAUUAAUGGACUCAUAACGUAUCCUUAUGCUUAUUCAAAUGAAGGAAUUCCAAAUAAUUGGGAGGAACAACAAAAUGUUGCGUGGGAUAUGAGCGAUGACAUUCGAUUCCGAAGUGGAGCUCGUUAUUUGACUGGAACUUUUAGUAACAUCGUGGUUCCAACUGGAGGAACUUCAAUGGAUUAUGCAGCUGGUGUUGACGAUGUUCCUUUAUCCUACACAAUUUUGACACCACCAUUUGGACAAUUUGGAUGGGAUGCAGAGCCAUGGAGAAUUAAUGCAGUUGUUGAUCAAGUUUUUAUGGCUAUUGAAACGCUUGCGAGAUAUGCGAUUGACAUGCCAUUGGAAAAUCCUUAAAUAUUUUAGAGAAAUUGAAUAAAAGUGUUAUUAAGUCAC